AUGCCUGACUCAUCCACAGGGACAGUUUUUAAAGGAGAAAAGCUUCGUGAUUUCUCACAUCCAAAGGCACUGCUACAAAAGACAAUAAGUCAUGCAAUAACUGAUCCGUUGCCUUUUAAGAAUGACUUUAAAGGCAAAUGCACCAAGUGGGGUGUGGUGACUACUAUCUUUGAUCCUACAGAAGCUAUAUCGAGAGUCUCAAAAUUGCCUGAAUGGUGUUUGGUGGUGGUAGCAGAUACCAAAACACCUGAUGAUUACAUGGAAAAGUUUAAAACAUUGUUGGGUGGUUCAGAAGGAUCUACAUUUUUCUUUUUGGUGGAACGCCAAAAGAAACGGGAGCGACUUGAUGGACCUAUCGGUGCCUUUGUUAGAGUAAUGCCCUGGAGGCACUUCGGCCGAAAGAAUUUGGGGUAUUUGUUUGCGAUACUUCAUGUGGCAGAUUUCUUUUUUGAUUUUGACGACGACAAUUAUAUCAAAGUGGACGAGUCAACAGGCGAGCCCGUUGAAAUUCUUCCAUCAACGACAGUACUCGAUAAUGUGGUGGUAGCAAUGUCGGGGCCAACAGCUUUCAAUCAUCAUCCAAUGAUGAAGCCAUCGAUUCCGGCUCCAUCUUGGGCUAGUGGUUUUCCUUUGGAAUACAUAAAGGACGAAGCAACGGAAGGGUAG